AUGAAAAGUCCCAUCAAAAUCCGCUUGGCUCGGUUUGGGCGCAAGCACCAACCCUUCUAUAAUAUCGUGGUGGCCAACAGACGCUCAGCAAGAGAUAGUUUGCCCAUAGAAGUAUUAGGAACCUAUAAUCCCAUACCCGUUCCAUUAUCACCCGAAGAGCAGGCUCAAGGAGUCAAACCAUACAAGCAUAUAGAGUUGGAUUUCGACCGCUCCAAGUACUGGCUCGGUAACGGUGCCGAGGUUUCGGACCGUGUUGGUUUUUUGUUCAAGAGAGCAGGAUUAUUACCAGAGGAAUGGCCAUCUCCAUCCAAGUUGACUCAACACAUUCCAAAGCCUACGUUUGAGGAUGCAAAGACUGUCCAGGAAGAACCUCAACAGUUGAUCCGGUCCAGGGAUUAA